UUGGCUGAGGCAUUUCAUAAAAAAUAUAUCACAUCGUUUGGGUAUUGUGAGAAAAGUCGGAAAUUAGCCUUGGGUUGAAGCUUUCUUUCUGGAUUCUGGAUUUCUGGUCACAUUUCGCGGAACAUUUGCUGCCAAGCAUAGAUUUUUCACACUACCAUAUAGGGGGUAUUUCCAGAGUGCCAAUGGUAUGGGCUUCAACAAAUGGAGGUACGGGAAACGGAGGCGUGUCUGCUCUCAUCCUCCGGCAGGAUACUCAAUUUUCCAACAGCGCCGGAUAUGCAAAUUAUAAUGAUAUAUUGGCUGUGAAAAAUUUGCGCGACAGAAGCUACCCUCCCGAAAAAAAAACGAGAAUGGCUGCAAGGAAAGUUUUCAGGCAGAACUUACCGCUUAGCCAGGCCAAGAAAAGAUGGAUAUCUCAGGCAUAUUGGUCCAAGCUGGGGGCAGGUUACAGAUUGUUAGUCUUCGGUGACAAAUGGGAUUCAUUUGGAAAUGGUCUAGAUGAUAACUAUGAGAUUUAUGCAUUUCUUCAAAAUUAAUUUAGUUUGCUAGAAAAUGUGAGGAAUCAAUAUUUGUUCAUUUAUUU